AAAUUUUCCAUGGUUCCCAAUCCAUGCUGACAAACCUCCUCCCAUUCAACACAAACCCUAGAAUCUCAUUUGGAGUUGGGACUCUUGAAUGAGAGGUCACAAGUUAAGAUGCAAGCUAUACAGUACACUUGACUUCAACAAACCAAUCAGAAAGAAGAGUGAAAGUUCGAAAAGAUCUUUAUAUUGGCUGGAUAAACCGCAUUGCGAAAAGUGGGAGUCUUGUAGUUUUCAAUCUGUUUGGAGGAAUCCCAAUUCAACAGUGCUAAAUUUUCUUUCAGUGCCUGAUCUUCACAGGUUUUGAUUCCUACUGAUUUUGUUGUUGAGAAUUAGUGGGAAAAAAUGUAUGUGAUCGAAGAUAAAGGUGGUGCGAUCGCGCUUAUGUUGGCGUCCCUUCUUUUCUUAGGCACUUGGCCUGCUCUUCUCUCUCUUUUAGAGCAAAGAGGCCGACUUCCGCAGCACACUUACCUUGAUUAUUCCAUAACAAAUUUUUUGACUGCUCUGUUGAUUGCUCUGACAAUUGGUCAGAUUGGGGAUGCCAAACCAAACAUGCCGAACUUCCUUACUCAAAUCGGUCAGGAUAACUGGCCAUCGAUCCUGUUUGCAAUGGGAGGGGGAAUUGCUCUCAGCCUUGGGAAUCUAUCUACACAGUAUGCUUGGGCAUUUGUUGGUUUGUCGGUAACUGAAGUUAUUACUGCAAGUAUAACGGUCGUCAUAGGGACGACCAUGAAUUAUUUCUUAGAUGAUCGAAUCAAUAAAGCCGAGAUUCUUUUCCCGGGAGUUGGAUGCUUUCUGGUUGCAGUUUUCCUUGGAUCUGUCGUCCACUCCUCCAACGCUGCUGAUAACGCAAAAAAGCUAAGCAGUUCAAGUAACUACAAGAGCAAGACCAGUUUCACAGCAGAGCAAGAUCCAAGUGAAGAUAUCAAAAGCAAAGGUCAAGGAAAGGACUUGGAGACUGGAAUUCCUCCUAAUUCAAACUCUGAUACUAAGGCACAAAAAGCAAAAGUCGGUACUGCUGAGUACCUUAUGGAGCUUGAAAACCGAAGAUCGAUAAAGGUGUUUGGAUCAAAAGCUAUCUUAGGCCUUUCGAUAACAUUCUUCGCUGGCAUUUGCUUUUCGCUCUUCUCUCCGGCAUUCAACCUUGCUACAAAUGAUCAAUGGCACACAUUGAAGCAAGGAGUGCCUCAUUUGGUGGUCUACACUGCUUUCUUCUACUUCUCCUGUUCUGGCUUUCUUUGCGCCAUUGUCUUAAACAUACGCUUCUUAUACAAACCCGUGCUUGGGCUACCAAAAUCAUCCUUUACCGCUUAUCUGAAGGAUUGCAAAGGCCGGCAAUGGGCUUUUCUAGCAGGUGUUCUUUGUGGCUUCGGCAAUGGCUUUCAGUUCAUGGGCGGGCAAGCUGCCGGAUAUGCUGCUGCUGAUGCAGUUCAGGCUUUGCCUCUUGUUAGCACAUUUUGGGGAAUACUUCUGUUUGGAGAAUACCGAAGAUCAUCGAAGAAAACAUAUGUGUUGCUUGUUAGUAUGCUUCUUAUGUUCGUUGUGGCUGUUGCUAUUCUGAUGGCCUCAUCUGGACAUAGGAAGAAUAGUAAGAACUGAAAAAAGAGCAUGGAUUUGCAGAUGGGAAAAUUAUAAGUAUUUAAGGAUCAAUAACUUUGUUUGCUUCAAAACAAUAGAAAGGUUUGCAGAUGCUCUGAUUAUAUAUAUAUAUAUAUAUAUAUGUACAAAUAAUGUCAUGUUAGAUAGAGAAGAGACUGCAAGUGCAACUGCUUUCAAUUUAUUGUGCAGAAAAGUGCUUGCUGUUAAACUUAAGUAGUAGUCCUAAAUAAAUAUUUAUCAGAAAUAACCUGCUCAAGGGUUAAAUAAAAGAUUGAGUGCACUUUUAGUUGUAGUCUUUGUCCUGUAACCGAAUUUGCAAAAUAAUCUUUGUGCUUCUGAAAUAUUUAAGAUGCUCUUGUAUAUUUUAUGCUUGGUAUA